AUGUCCCUGGUCAACCUUCGACAAGCCUAUACUCUGAAAAAGCGCUUCCUGGUAAAGAACAACCUUCCAUGUCAAGUAUCAUAUGUGGAGAAGCUCACUGCUAAAUCAGGCCUUCAAUCGUUAACAAAUCAAACCUGGAAAGGCGCUGGCUUACUUAGGAAGUUGCUUGUAGCCUGGGUCGCACGAGGACUGCAUCAACUGUAUCUCCAUCCUCUUCGCAACGUACCAGGUCCAGCGUUGUCAGCGUUUACGAUCCUCCCGCACUUUAUCGCUGUCAGUCGGGGAUAUCUCAAUCGAUACCUACGUCACCUUCAUGGGCGCUACGGCCAAGUUGUUCGCAUAGCCCCAGACGAGCUUAGCUUCGUCGACCCAGACGCAUUGUGCGACAUCUACGGUUAUGGUAUCAAAGGCAACCAAGGGCGCCCGAGCGACGCUGAAUAUGCGAGGGUUCGACGGAUCUCCAGCCCUGCUUUCUCGGAAAGAGCGCUUACUGAGCAAGAGCCGGUCUUUGUCAAGUACGCAGACCAACUUGUGCGUGUUCUGCAAAAGAUCAGCUACGAUGAGCCCAAGAGCGCCAUCGACGUGGUCAAGAUGUUCAACUUUACGACAUUUGAUGUCAUGGCUGACAUGACUUUUGGCGAACCUCUCCACAUGCUCGAUAACACCGAAUAUAUGCCAUGGGUCAGCAUGAUCUUCGGCUACAUUAAAGUUGCUACAUGCGUGGGUAUUCUCAGGGCAUACUGCCCGCACAUCUUCGGCCUCAUUCAACUCGUGUUCAGCGGGACGAUACACAAGGCGCGAACGGCCCACAUGCAGCAUACAGUCACCAGGGUCACCAAGCGCCUCGAGCAAGGUAGAAAGACGGAAGGGAUCGACCUCUCGACAUACGUGCUCGAUCAGCAAGGGAAGGGCAAGGAAGGCUUAUCGCGAGGCUCGAUGGACGCCAAUGCUUCCUUGUUCAUGGUUGCUGGGACGGAGACUACGGCAACAACGCUCUCGGGUCUGACCUAUAUGCUGAUAAGAAACCCAUCGACAAUGCGCAAGCUGACUGCCGAGAUCCGUGAGUCUUUCGCAUCAUCACCUGAUAUAUCCAUGGAAAGUCUCACUCAGUUGCCGUACCUCAAUGCGUGCAUUAAGGAGGCCAUGCGUAUCUACCCUUCGGUCCCCGUGGGAUUCCCGCAUCUCACCCCCACGGAAGGCUCGACACGUUGGACUGGCGACCAGGAGUUUGCAGACAAGAGAGCUGCUGUGCAGCCGUUUUCCGUGGGCUCGCGAGACUGCCUGGGCAAAAAUAUGGCGACUCACGAAAUGCGACUGAUCCUCACGAAGGUCGUGUGGUCGUUCGAUCUCCAAUUAUGCGAGCAACAGAGCGAUUGGCUUGAACAGAAACUGUACUCAACGUGGGAGAAGAUGCCUCUCAUGGUCAAGCUGAAAAUGGCCCAGCGUUGA